GCAACCGCGUGAAUGCCGUCUGAACGUACUUGUUUGUAAGCUCAGGGCGCGUCUUUAUUACUUUAAACACUGCUGCAAAGGUGGUUCCUUUCUUCAGUUUGAGCUGGACAUCUAUACAGCGGUUCUGAGGAUUUGAGCGAGCUGAUACUCUGGGUUGCACAGAUUUCUUCAGCCAUUUCUGUGAUGUAUAUGAACAGGACAGAGAUGUCUUUCAAUAACAAUUUCUCCAUGGGUAAUGAGUCAGAGGAAGACUAUUAUGAUGACUAUGAUGAUGAUGAGCAUGCAGAACUCAGGCAAUCACUCAACGUCAUGUCACUCAUAGUCUACUGUUUAGCCUUUGUGCUUGGAGUGGCUGGGAAUGGCAUUGUAAUCUGGGUGUCUGGAUUUAAGAUGAAGAAGACUGUGAACACGGUUUGGUUUCUCAACCUGGCAGUAGCAGAUUUCCUUUUCACUGCCUUCUUGCCUCUCAGUGUGGCUUACACAGCCAUGGGCUUUCACUGGCCAUUUGGACGUUUCAUGUGCAAGCUCAACAGCACACUCGGUUUCCUCAACAUGUUUGCUAGUGUGUAUAUCCUGGUGGUGAUCAGUGUGGAUCGUUGCAUAUCAGUUGUGCAUCCAAUAUGGGCACAGAACCAUCGAAGUGUCAGUUGCGCAUCCGGACUGAGCCUUGGAGUCUGGGUAUUUGCUUUACUCUUGAGUUCUCCCUACUUUGUCUUCAGGGACACUGCUCCAGACUACAAUAAUCCAAACAUUAUCAACUGCUUUAACAACUUUGCCUUUUCUGAUGAUUAUGUUACUUCAGAGGUUGUGGAACUCCGUCUCCUGCGACACCGUGCUAUGAUCAUCACACGUUUUCUCCUGGGGUUUGUAGUGCCUUUUUCCAUCAUUGUCUCCUGCUAUGCAAUCAUCAUCCAUCGCCUCAAAAGAAACCGCUCAAUGUCUGGUCGCACGGGGCGUCCUUUUAGGAUCAUUGCUGCUGUGAUUACAGCUUUUUUCCUAUGCUGGGCUCCAUACCACAUCCUAGUGCUCAUCGAGAUGGCUCAUCACAUGGCCCCCAUGAACAGUCCCACCCUGGAGCGUAUAACUACUAUUGGCAUUCCCAUAGCCACUAGUUUGGCUUUUCUCAACAGCUGCCUGAACCCAUUGUUAUAUGUGUUCAUUGGUCAGGAUUUCAAAGAUAAGGUGCGGAAGUCUAUCUUGAAAGUGCUGGAAACAGCAUUGACAGAGGAGGUAUCACGCACUAACACCUGCACAAACUCCAUGAUCAACACCCGCAUCAAAGAGCAAGGAAGUAAGUCCUUUUCUGAUGUAGAGCUGUAAGAAACAUAUGAAAAUACCAUUUUUCCGAGGAGAGAGAAUACUUCAUUGCAAUUUUGGCAACUAUAAGAAAUAACCUUAGAAUGUGUACAGCAUAAAGGACAGAAAUAAAAGCUGCAAGCAAGCUACAAACAUUUUAGUCCAUGACUAAGUUGAAUACAAAUUUUAACUUCAGUGCAAAUCAAACUUAUGAAUAUAUGGCUAGUGUCCCAAUUCCACUGCUUGGUCACUAUUUUGGAAGAUCAGUUCUUGAUCUUGAAGAAAUCAGUAUUUAUUCCUCAUACUGAACAAAUAUGCUACAAAAUAUCGUCAGCUUAAACAUGAAGUAAGUAUAAAAUAUUAGGUCAUAAGUAUGGAAGUCCAGAAAGGCCAUGAGGUGUGGGGUGUUUUUUGUUUUUGUUUUUUGUACUGUUACCUCAGGAUAACAAAGUAUUUUUCUCAUUAUGUCAAAAUACAUUAUUAGAUGUAUUAUACAUUAUUAGAUGUGUUAUACAUUUAAUAUAAUUACAAUUAUACUAAUUAUACAUUAUUAGCAUAUGAUGUACACCAACUAUAUGUUUUUGCUUUAAUCAGGGAUGAACACGAGUAUUUUCUCUUGUGCGAUACCAGGAUUAUCGCGUGCUGAUGCAGUGACACAGCCUUGUAGCUCUGAGAACCUGGGUUUGAUUUUGAGCUUUGGUGUAAAGUUGCACUAUAUUUCCAUUUUAGGAUCAAUAACUAUCUAUCUAUCUAUCUAUCUAUCUAUCUAUCUAUCUAUCUAUCUAUCUAUCUAUCUAUCUAUCAUGUUUAUCAGUACUAGACAUUUUACAAGUUAGUGUCCUUUACUUGACAAGGCAGCUCAGAAAUCUGCAACUAUACUGUCAUAGAUAUUAUAGUGAUCCUGAAUGGGUAGUCAGUUUUAUUGUCAGCCUACUUGAGGGACCAGGACAUAUCCAGGAUUAUCGCAUGAUGUUUGAGAGAUGCUGAGGAAAUGGUUUUCAGCUCACAAGACAAAUGGUGAUCAAAAUGUUCUGAAAAAGGAUAUAAUUACUACAGAAUUGCCAUAAUACCAAUUAUAUGGCAGUAUGUCACUGGUCACAAUAAUGCAAUGCUUGUACAGUAUGCUACUACUAUGUCACUGUCCAAAGUGAUGUAAUGCUAGUGUGCUACUCCUACCUGAUCUCAGUCAAUAGCUUUUUUUUAUCAAAAGAUCACAAGGAAAUAUGGUAUGAGCUCAAGAAAACAACAUUUAUUAACUUGGGAUCACAAGAAAAAUAAGUGGCCUUUCUGAAGUUCUAUACACAAGGCAUUGAUUUAAAAGGCAAAAAAGAUGACUUUGGUUUUUGUGGGAUUACCAAAAAUGCAUGAUUUUAUUUGUAUUCUCAGGCUGCUGACAGUUGGGUUCCACAAGACAGCCCAUUUCUGAAAUUCUAGGAUGGGCUUUCCUACUUUUGUACAAUUUGAGUGUUUUGAAGAGCAUAUGAGACUUAAAAGAGAAUUCAGCAUAAGAGUUCAAUUAAAUAGUUAAUGCAUUUUGUUUGUUCUGUACUAUUAAAAAUUAUAGCAUAAAUUACCACAGCAAGCAUCUUAACUAGAACUGUAUUAUUGUAUGAUUAUUUUGUGUUUGGUUUUUGUUUUUUUUUGUUUGUUUGUUAUAUUGGUUGGUUAUAUUGGUAUUAUAAAAGACUGGAUAUAGAAUGUUCUCUGUACGUCCUCUGUCCUCAGCAUGAUGAAGACCUUUAAAUAUGGUACUUGAUUAAAUUACUGAAUACUGAUUUUUG